CACUUAGUGCAUUCCCUCUGCAUCUCUUCCUCUGAGGGAAUGCAUUAACACAUUUAUGUCAAAUAAUUUUUUUGUGCAUUAUUGAUUGGAACCUGAUGUUCUGCAGGAGUGCCUGGAAUGAAAUCUGGGAAUGUGUAUUUACAUUAGUCAUAUAGAACCUCUGAAUGUGUGUUUAACUACCUAGUUUCUGCAACCUCCACCUCAUUGUCUGGUUGUGACUGUCUGGAAUCCUCAUCCAAAGAAGAGAAACCCUGAGGUGCUGAUGGACCAGGAGGUUCUGCUGGAUCUGGACUACAGUGGCGAGACUCAUGUUUCAGACAGUUAUGGAAGCCUGCAAAAUGGGGGAUUCAUCCCUCCUAGAUAUUUGAUCGCUGCAGCUAAUGAUGCCGAUGAUGACCCCAUCUAUAUUCACUGUGAGAGAACAGCAAGCCCUCCUUCACGACCCCCAGGCAACUACUUCAGAGAUGGCCAUACCAAAAUAGAUUUUGUGCUGGUGUGGGAGGUGAAAGUACGACGCAAACGUCGAAGUCAGGGACAAUCACAUAGAGAGUCAACAGAGGUGGAAGAUAAAGCAGCACAUGAUGAGAACAGGUCAGAGAGAAGAAAAGCUCAGCUGGCCCAAUGGAGGGACAAAUUCAUCCAGAACCUACAGAGUGCUGGACUGUUCAUGGAGAAGGAGGAAUCAUCCAGUACAAAGAAGACUAUACACUAUUUGAAGCUUAGUGCCCCAUGGGAUGUGUUGGUUUACUAUGCUGAGGAGUUGUGUCUUAGGGCACCUUUGCAGGCUCAGCCGAAUCCAGACUUCAACACUUCAGCUCGAGUUCUUCAGAAGCUCCGGGUCCCAAACAUCAUGACAGACUCUGUUCCCAACCGUCCUGUUGACUACUACACGUGUGCCUUUCGCAAGUCCAAGAUGGAAAAGUUUCUGGGAUUUGAUGACCGUGAUAAUUACUUCACCAGCACACAAAGACAUCGAAUUGUGUAUGAUAUCUUAGCAAGGACUGUAUAUGGUAGGCGAAAGCAUGCUGAGGUUGGAGUCGCACGUUUGCUGAAUGAGGGGGCUUUCACAGGUGCAUUCCCUCUACACGAGGGUCCCUUUGAGCACCCUUUUCAAGACAUCCAGCCAGAUAAGUUGAAUAAGAGGCAAGUGCUGUACCACUAUUGGGCCAGCUGGUUAAAAUGGUAUAAGUACCAACCUCUCGAUCACAUCCGUGAAUACUUUGGAGAGAAGAUUGCACUUUACUUUGCAUGGUUGGGGUUUUACACAGCUUGGCUUCUACCAGCUGCAUUGGUUGGUAUGUGUGUCUUUGUGUCGGGUAUUAUGAGAAUGGGAUCCAAUACCCCAGCGAAGGAAAUCUGUGAGAGUAGAGGACUCUAUCUAAUGUGUCCUCUGUGUGAAACCUGUAAACCCUGGAAUAUGUCCGACAUCUGUCCCAUGGCCAAGGUGGGUUAUCUGUUUGAUCAUCCCGGCACAGUCUUCUUCAGUGUUUUCAUGUCGUUGUGGGCGGUCACGUUCCUUGAGUACUGGAAACGCAAGAAUGCCACACUAGCUCACCACUGGGACUGCUUGGAUUUCCAUGAAGAGGAGGAACCACCACGUCCUGAGUUUGCUGCCAUGGCUUCUGCGAUGGAGGAGAACCCAGUGACCGGGGUGAAGGAGCCCUACUUCCCUGAAAAAGCCCGGAUUUCACGUAUGCUGACCGGGUCUAUGGUGAUCAUUAUUAUGCUGUGUGUAGUGAUGAUCUUCCUGGUCACAGUGAUCAUUUACCGCAGUAUUGUGAGUGUAAUGAUGUUUGAAACUGGGAGUUCUGUUCUGCGCACUCAGGCUGGGAAUAUUGCCAAUAUCUCCAGCAGUUUGGUGAACCUGGCUCUGAUCUUGCUGUUGGGGCAGGUUUAUACAGCUCUAGCGGAAGAGCUCACUAAAUGGGAAAUGCACAGGACUCAGACACAAUAUGAAGAUGCCUUUACAUUUAAAGUCUUCAUCUUCCAGUUUGUCAACUUCUACUCGUCACCCUUCUAUGUGGCUUUCUUCAAGGGCAGAUUUGUGGGCUAUCCUGGUCACUAUGGGACAUUGUUUGGGAUGAGGAAUGAGGAUUGCGGACCAGGAGGCUGUCUGAUUGAACUGGCUGAGCAGCUUUGUAUCAUCAUGGUGGGAAAACAGCUUAUCAACAAUGCUCAAGAGUUUGUCAUUCCUAAAAUUAAGGCCUGGAGGCAGAAACGGGCCUUAUCGUCUGUGAAGAAGGCCCAGAGUUUAGAGGAGGAGCCUAAGUGCUGGGAGCAGGACUAUGAGCUCAUUCCAUGUGAGGGGCUUUUUGAUGAGUACCUGGAGAUCGUCCUGCAGUUUGGCUUCAUCACCAUUUUUGUGGCUGCGUUUCCCCUUGCUCCUCUAUUUGCUCUGCUGAAUAACUGGGUGGAGGUGAGACUGGAUGCUCACAAGUUUGUUUGUGAAUACCGGAGGCCUGUGGCUGAGCGAGCCAAGCACAUCGGUGUGUGGUUCAUCAUACUGGAGGCGCUUUCCCAUGUGUCAGUCAUAGUCAAUGCUUUUCUCAUUGCGUUUACCUCUGAUUUUCUGCCCCGUCUGCUGUACCAGUACAAGUUUAACAAUGACCUGCAUGGUUAUGUCAAUUUCACUCUGGCUUACUCUCCCCCAAGCUACAAUCUCUCCAACCACACCGUAUGCAGAUAUAAAGCAUUCCGAGAUGAAAAUGGAAGAUACAAACUAGUGUACUGGGAGCUCCUGGCUGUCAGACUGGGCUUUAUCAUCGCAUUUGAGCAUGUGGUGUUCUUCGUUCUGCGUGCCAUUGACUGGAUGGUUCCAGACAUACCUGAAUCGUUGGAGCUGAAGAUCAAGAGGGAGCGUUACCUGGCUAAGCAGGCGCUGGCUGAUAACCAGGAGGCCCUGCUGGUGAGUGGCAGGAUGACCCAUAGGUGAGCAAGCAAAACGUCUAGCUACGUGAGACUGACAUACAGGGCAGAGUUUUCUCCAGGAGGGGGCGCACUCGCUAUGAAAACACUUGACACCCACCUGAUCCAAGAUGGACAUCUUAGUAUUUGCUGAAAAAAUGUGCACUUGAACUGAAACUUGGCUUGAGUUUUGUGGUGGUGGAUGUGUGUGAAUGUGUGCGUGUUCUGUGCAUGCAUCUGUAAAGGUAGAGGUUUAUGCCUACUUUAACAAAAGGCUGUUUACAUAUGACUUCCUAUGGCUUCAAAUAUAGUGAGACGUGAUCAAAUUCUGCCCUCCUGAAAAUGUUUUAUACAUUAUCAUCACAGUAUAUAUUUUUACUAAUGGGAUGGCAGAUUAAUUUGAAAUAGCCCAUUCUUCAUUAUGUGUUAAUGUUAAAUGCUCUUCUAAAAAAAUGCCUAAGCAUAUUUGCCUUUGCCAUGUUUAUCUCCGGGCUGUUUAAUGUAGUGUGUUUUGAAAUAAAGCUAGUUUCAAAAAGCAUUCAAAGAAGUGUAACUCCAUCAGAAUGAUUACAUGCUGGAGAAGAGUAUUUCAAACAUGAUUAUGGCUGUCCUUUUAAACAAAGCCUAAUUGUACAAGAACUGGUUAGUUUGAACAAGAACAAAAAUGAUAUGCUUGAACAAGUUAGAAAGGUGUAUAAGACAAGACUAAUGUUAAGCCACUGAAGAUCUGAUGCCAGCUGGCAAAAGCACCAGAUCCUUAAUCUUUGGUUAACACGUACAUGUAGACCGCUCAUGCCCCACUUUUCAGUUAUGCUUUCUGCAGGAGAGCUUUCUUUCUCACAUUCUAUUCAGUUUGAUCAAAUCCUGUUGUUUUUACAAGUAACUGGCAGCAGUGGUUGCCAGAAUAAUUAUGUAAGAAAUACAGUGAAAAUGUAAACAACUUUACAGAACCUGUAAAUUGUAAAGUUUAAACUGUUGUUUUUAUGGUGCAGUACUGUUGUUUGUAUUAUUAAAUGAUACACUUAAUAUGUUAGCUUCUGAAACUGUAAAAAUCUACUUUGCACUUUAUAAUGUAUUGUUAAU